AUGGCGAAUUUGGCUUCAAGCCCCGUUCGAGAGGCUAAUGAUGAAUGCUAUAUGCGAAAGUUAGAGACUAUUAGAGACAUCAGGUAAAGAAGUAUUCGAAGAGUUAUAUACUGCAAAAUCCGAUCCAAGGCACAUUUUAAGUUUCUUAUCAGGCUUUUGACAAGCUUCUAUCAAAUGCAUGCUUAACAAAAAGGCUUUUCAUACAUUGUGUAUAAUUUAGGUUCGUUCAACGCCCUAAAUUGUUAUUCCUUCAGUUCCUACCUACAGUGAAACUCACUGAGAGCGAAUUCUCUGAGAAAUUUUCCUUAAAACAAGAACCAUUUCCUAGUGCUUGAAAAAUGGACUGUUUUAACACCUUUAAUCUAAUUUAAGCUUAUAAAAAUGCUUGAGUUGUAAAAGGCGAUGAAUAUGCAUGGUUGUGCUUUUUUAAAUGCAAAAGGUUUACGUGGAAAAUGCAUCUUUCAGCAGGGUCAAUUGCAAUUCAAUACUAUUUUUACUCAACAAAGCAACCUCUUGCAAUGAAUUUGUUGUUCUUUGUUAUUUCCGAGCAAGCUUUAAAUAAAAAGCUAGUUUAAUGGCCGCAUUAUAGACUUUUCUGUCCCCUAGACUGUUUUUGUGUUCAGUGUGAAGUAGUUUUAUUCUCGUGUUACCACCUAUUAAAUUAAAAGCUUAAAAGGUAAGACAUAUCUUCUUUCCGGGCCACUUCCCUUAACUAUUAGUGGCCAAGCCCAAAUUCAAUUCAAGAAACAUUGGGAAUUAUUAUUUUUGUUUCACAAAAUACCAAAAAAAAAAAAAAUACUCAUUUAACCUACGGGUAAAUAUAUUGUGCAAGUACUGCUGAAGAGGUUUCCUUUCAAUAGAUUGUGCGUCCGCCCCAGCGGUUCAAAGUUAAAAAUUAUACAGUCAUAGCAAAAGGUUCAUUUGAUUGCUAAAAGUCUUCUUUUUUUAUGAAAUACACAGGCUAAUCUAAUUCGUUUAGUUCAUACCAUGAUUUAGCUUUAGCAUUGACCAGUUAAUGUCGAAAUAUAAUUAAGUUUUGUUACCUUAAAUAAGGAGCUUUCUUGGUUUUCACUUAGUUUGGCAAUAUAUUAAUUAUUUCAUAGCCAUAUUGAGCAAAAUGAAAUGUGAAGCAUGUCUUUAAAGAAAAGCAUAUACCAAUGGUUAGGAAGUGCAGGCAAACGUGUGCUAGAGAAUGCCUUUCAUAAUAAGUGAAUAUUGAAUGACUGCAUGUACGUGAAUAAGAUUAAAGCCCCCUUUAGUUUUAGGAAGAAAUCCUAAUGGAAUCAUGAAUGUGGAAACAAGUAAGCAAGGUUCAUAUUGAAUUUAUUUUAUUCACGUGGCUUACAGAUACAAUUGGCCUGUGAAGGGCAAGAAGUAAGGAUCAGAGUGAGAGAUAUUAUUGUAUUUGAGAUUAUCAGAUACAAUGAAUCCAUUGAUAUGUGACAUGUACAGUCAUGACUGCACAGUCCUAUUAUUCAGUCUGUUUAGUUGUCCUAAAUUUCAAGAAUUAUUUUCCUCAAAAAGGUCAUUUGAGGAGUUCAAUCAACCUUAAUCUCUUGUUGGCGUGGGAUAGUGAUUUUCAAUAGCUUGAUCAAAUUUCAUUUAAUUUGAAUGCCUACAUGAAUACACUAAAAACUUUCCCUUGAAAGUACAUGUGGACUAGAGAUAUCCAUUAACAUUUGAUUGACAUUUUAUCAUUUCUUAGCUAAUAAUAAACUCCCACAGGUCAGGUAGACAGACUAUUCGAAAUACUCAGGAUUAAAGGGCAUGUGAGAUUUCAGUUUGACUGCCUUUCAAUCUUCUAAUGGCUUCACCACCAAAAAAUGACUUGACAGCUCUCGUGCACCCAUUUAUCCCGCCAUUUGCUGCCAAAUUCUCAUCUGUCAUUUGCUUUUGUACAGUUUGUAGAAAUGGAACUUUGUGUUAGUUCAUUUUCCCUAUUUUAAAAUUAUUUUUACUUUGCACUUUUUUUGUUUCAGGGUUAAGACAUCCCAGUUAGAGAAACUUAAAUCUCAGCUCAUUCAAAAGUUGGACAGUGCUGACAAGGAGAGUAAACUGUUGAAGGAUUACAAAGCAGAAAUGGAAGCUUUGCUGCAUGAGAAAAUGGCACAUGUUGAGGAGCUAAGGCUUAUACAUGCUGAUAUCAAUCUAGUAAGUCAACCUGAAAGUCUUUCCUUUUUUCUUUGAACUCUAUAUUUUUUUAACUUUAACCCAUUCACCCCUGAAAAUUUUGCCAAAAAACUGGUUUUGAAGCUAGUCGAGCAGUUUUCUGGUCACUGUCAUGCUAUAAAAUAAUAAAGAGCUAAAACUUACUAUAAAGCCAUUUACAGGUCGUUCACCUUGCAGCCUUCUGAUCCAGAUGCAAAAUAUUAGCUUGUGAAUUUCAGACAUGCACAGAAAGCAAAAUUCCGAGAUAGUUUUGGGGUAUAGAAGUGACUCAGCAGUCUGGACUUUUACUUUUCACUUUCUCUCCUCCCCUCUUUUUUCUCUUUUAUUGCCUCCCUUUUUUUCUUUUGCUGGGCAUUUAGGCUUCAUUUUGGUGGGAAACGUUUUCAGGAAAUCUUUUAGGAUCUUAGGAUUAGAUAAAAGGAAAGGUGGGUGGGUAGUGGAACAAGAUUUUCAUGGAAAUUUUCAGUUCAACAGGCCAUCUGAUAGGGUGUGAUAAAAAAUCAGAAAUUGUGCGAUAUUUUUAGGGUAGAUUGUGUGAUAAGAUUAGACUAUUAUGCGAUAAAUUAUGCAAUUUUUCAGAGCUAAUUUACGUUGUUUUACCAGGUUUCAAAGGAGAAAAAGCUUUUGAUGGUGUUUAACAGGCAAUGUGAAUGUAAAGGAAUAAUAAAACAUCUAUUUUAAAACAAAAUAGCCAAACCGAUUAUCUUGACCGGGAAAAGAAAAAAGACACUUUUUUAUUAUUACAUGAUGUCGUUACACCGCUGACCACACUGCUUGUCUCUGAAAUCAAAAUGGCUGCCAAGAUACAGUGAUCGAAGGUUUCAGAUGUCUUGCAAGGCUUUCAUUAGUGGUAAAUCACCUAAAAUAUUAUUAAGGUUGGGAAAAUGUUUAAUUAAAGUUAGAAUUCAUUGUUAACUUCACUUGAGCUUAGCAUUUUUUUACGAAUUAUGCGAUUUUCCUCAAAUUGUGCAAUCAGAUGCGAUUUGAGGUCAGUUGUGCAAAAUCGCACCAUCGCGUAACAUCAGAUGGCCUGGUUCAAUAUUACACAGUCUUUUGUAUUUUUCUCCGGUGUCCUUGACUGAACUGUGCUCAUUCUGGUAUGGUUUGAAAGAUAGCUUCACUCUGCACAAGUUACGUUGGUGGACAAAGUUGUCCUGAUCUUUAAAACCAAUGACAUCACAAGCUGUAGAAGAGAAAUGGAUCCACAUUGGCAGCUCUGGGGUGAAUGGGUUAAAAUGACUUCUAUUCAGACUGUAUUAGCUGUUGCUGUUGUACCUGCUUUUUCCCAUAAAAUGCCUUCUUCUGUUAUUUGAUCAAUAUCUUUGAGAACCCUGACUGUUUAAUUUUACAGGAAAGCGCCAUGGCAAAUUAACCUGAAACACAAGGAGUGUCAGAGGGGGACGCUUGGGUCAAUUUUUUUCUGGAUACAUGUGUUGCUGGUCUCUUAAUAAGAACCCUACCCCAGUCCUUUCUGUUGUCAAUUAUACAUUCAGACCCUAUCUUGGGCACUUUUUGGACCCCAACUUAGUUACUUUCUGUCAGUUUUUAAGCUGUGUAUCUUCCCAUUUUUAAAUCCUUCCUAAUAUAAUUUUCUUAAUAUCCCCCCUCCCACUCCCCAAAAUCCCAAGAAUGUUCAUACUCCAUUUUUUUUAUAUCCAAAUAACAACCCCACUAUAAUCCAGCGUGCAAAGAAAAUCAUUUUUAGAGCUUGUCAUACAGGCAAGCUGAAGCUAACAUUUACUAGCCCAGCCAUUAUUUCAACUAGCGCCAAAAGCGUUUUGAGGAGCAGAAUUGAUUUCACAGUUCAUUCCUCAAAAAACAUCACUUGCCCGUCACGCAAGUUAAAAACAGAAUUCAUUGGCCUGAUAGCAAAAUCCCCUAGGCUAGCCUCGGGCUAUCGGACACUACUUUCUUUGCAUGCUGAUAAUCAGUCCUGUUGUGAAAAUUCACCCCCAUCUGGCGGCACAUCCUUAUAGCCUAUUGGAAGGAAGUAACCCCCAUUGCUUGGAGCCAGUUGGCAAGCAUAAAACCUAACACCAAACUUUCAUGUUCAUGUAAAUGCUGAUCAAUAUUGGGCAUUUGAAUAAGGGUCUCUAAUAAUUAGAUUUAUAAUCAUGUAUUAAAGGCCCUGUUCAAACGUCAAUCUUUUCAUGUACCAAACUCAAUACCUAUUUUGGUUGAACCAAGUGAUACAAGUUCAACAGUUGAUUCAGAUGUCGAACUUAAUUAGUCGGGCUCAAUUNGCAAAUUAACCUGAAACACAAGGAGUGUCAGAGGGGGACGCUUGGGUCAAUUUUUUUCUGGAUACAUGUGUUGCUGGUCUCUUAAUAAGAACCCUACCCCAGUCCUUUCUGUUGUCAAUUAUACAUUCAGACCCUAUCUUGGGCACUUUUUGGACCCCAACUUAGUUACUUUCUGUCAGUUUUUAAGCUGUGUAUCUUCCCAUUUUUAAAUCCUUCCUAAUAUAAUUUUCUUAAUAUCCCCCCUCCCACUCCCCAAAAUCCCAAGAAUGUUCAUACUCCAUUUUUUUUAUAUCCAAAUAACAACCCCACUAUAAUCCAGCGUGCAAAGAAAAUCAUUUUUAGAGCUUGUCAUACAGGCAAGCUGAAGCUAACAUUUACUAGCCCAGCCAUUAUUUCAACUAGCGCCAAAAGCGUUUUGAGGAGCAGAAUUGAUUUCACAGUUCAUUCCUCAAAAAACAUCACUUGCCCGUCACGCAAGUUAAAAACAGAAUUCAUUGGCCUGAUAGCAAAAUCCCCUAGGCUAGCCUCGGGCUAUCGGACACUACUUUCUUUGCAUGCUGAUAAUCAGUCCUGUUGUGAAAAUUCACCCCCAUCUGGCGGCACAUCCUUAUAGCCUAUUGGAAGGAAGUAACCCCCAUUGCUUGGAGCCAGUUGGCAAGCAUAAAACCUAACACCAAACUUUCAUGUUCAUGUAAAUGCUGAUCAAUAUUGGGCAUUUGAAUAAGGGUCUCUAAUAAUUAGAUUUAUAAUCAUGUAUUAAAGGCCCUGUUCAAACGUCAAUCUUUUCAUGUACCAAACUCAAUACCUAUUUUGGUUGAACCAAGUGAUACAAGUUCAACAGUUGAUUCAGAUGUCGAACUUAAUUAGUCGGGCUCAAUUCAUUUUCAUGAUGUUCAAUGAUUUAAAAUGCUUUAUACAAAUGAAAAUAAUUUUUUAAUAGUAAUUUAUGCAUUAGGUAAACUUUUGGGUUCGACACAUGCAAAGUUUGAUGUUUCAACCAAAGUUGCUCCAUAGUUGUAAUUCCCAUGUGGGCCACUCGAUCUUAACUCAUGGGUCGACCCAAAUUAGACUUAAAUCAAUUACUGAUUUAAACGUCGAUCUUUUCACGUACUUAGUUAAAGGGAUUAGGUUAAGUACAUAAAAAGUUCGACAUUUGAACUCGGCCUUUAUACUGGCCCUGAAGCUGGCAGAGGCACUAAGGCCAGCAGAAGGCUUCAUCUGGUAUCACAGACAGGUGUAUGGCUGUGUAACAUGUCAAAUUUUUUAACUCCGGGCAUUUCAUACUGAAUUUUCCUUUCAGAUGGAAAACACUAUCAAACAGUCUGAAGCAGAGAGAGAAAGAGGAUUGGAAACAUUGAGAAGGCUGCAUGAUGAGUACAAACCUCUGAAGAGAGACAUUGACAAAAUGAGAGAGUCUCUAGGCCUUGAUAAAACAGCUAGUCUCGAUGAGGAAAGCAGCCUCACAGAGUAAGCUAUUCAUAAUUAGUAAAAUCCAACUAGUGGUCUAUUAUCACCCUCAUGGCCGCUGAGUCAAUAGCCCACUCGGCCUUCAGCCUUAUGGGCUAUUGACUAAGAGCCCAUUCAGGCUCGAGGAAUAAUUGUUAAUUACUAAGCAAUGGAAAUUCCAUUAAUACAUUGUAUAUAUUUUUUUCUUGUCUUUCAAAAUCCCUCUGUGUGUUUCCAAACCACUCUGAUAUGUUGUUGUGGUACAGCUACCUUCUCCUCUCAAAAAAAAAUUUUGAGGAGAGGGGGACGGCUGUACACUUAUGUUUUUACCAAUUUUGUUUGUCAUUUACCCUUUAGUUAAAGAAGUAAUGUACUUUCCAUGACACCGGCAAAUUUGAUAGAAUUAUAUACCUACGUGGCCUAUUCUGCUAUUGUUUUAGUUCCUCUAAAGGUUACUCCCAACUACCCAUUCCAAAAGCAAGACAAAGUGCUGGUCGUAAAUUAAUUAAGAAAGACAUGGGAGUUUUCUUAUCGGUGUAGACUGAUACUUUUUUCCAGUGCUGCUCUAUUGUUAGCUUGUCCAUAAAGAACUUCAAUUCAAUUCUAUGUAUUAAUAAUAAUAAUAUUAAUAAUAACUUUAUUAAUCUCCUCAAAAAGGCUUUUCAGCUUAAUUUACAAUGUCACAUGUCUAAAACUUAGUUUUCCUAAAAUACCCUUAAAAAAUGCUGUUUUAUUUUAACUUUAAAUACAUGUAAAUUAGUGAUAGACUGAAACUCGUCUGGGAGACUAUUCCACAGCCUUUGGCCUCUGAAGGUAAACGCGCGCUGACCUGCAGCCGUCCUACAGAGUGGUAUAUGUAGGCGGUCCCUAUUCCUAGUGUUGCAGUUGUGCACUUCCGAUCUGGUUUUAAACUUCUGACAAAGAUAUGUAGGUGCAAGUCCAUUUAAGCAUUUAAAUACCAUGGUAGCAUCCCUAACCUCAAGUUGUUUAACAAUUGGCAGCCACUGUAACUGCUUAAGAAUAGGUGUAACAUGAUCAAAUUUCCUCAUUCCAGAAACUAUCCGGGCUGCAAAAUUUUGCACUGUCUGUAAUAGCUCGAUGUUUUUCUUGGUGGUAUUAGCCCAUACUGAUGAACAAUACAAUAAUUUACUGAAUACGAGAGAAUUAAUUAUACUGAUCAACGUACGCCUAUCAAACAGGUAUUUUACGCGAUUUAUUUGUCAAAGGCUACCUAUACAUUUCGAAGUUAAUUGAGUUAUUUGUUCAUCGUACGUUAAAUUACAGUCCAUUGUAACCCCCAGGUUUUUCGCAGACUUAGAUGAAGUAAUCUCCUUGCUGAGUAGUGUAAUGCUUAGAUCAUCUGGUAUCUUCAUCAGCAACUGCGAAGUCCCCAGAACCAGAAGUUUUGUUUUUUUCCGGGUUAAUGAGUAGGCUGUUUUUACAACACCAUGUGGCUAUAAUCCUAAGAUCUUCUGUCAGCUGAGCUGCGGCUAAGGUGGCAUCACGUACGGGAAAUGAGAGGUAUCACUGUGAGUCAUCAACAUACCCUACCUUAGGUACAGAUGGUAGAUCGUUGAUGUAGAUAUUAAACAAUGCCGGGCCGAAAAUUGAUCCUUGUGGUACACCAUACGAGACAAGGCGGGGUUCAGAUGUUCUCACCGACUGUUUUCUUCCGGUCAAGUAGCUUCUAAACCAUUCUAUUGCUUCUUUAGAGGUACCCAUUGCACGUAGCUUCUUUAACAAGGACAUGUGAUCAAUGCUGUCAAAUGCCUUGGAAAGAUCUAAUAACACCAAGGCAGUGACUUGAAACAAGUAUAUAAAGUAUACAAGUCCUUCAAACAAGUAUUUACAUGUGUCACCAUUUCAAAAUUCUUUCCUCAGGUUUCUUGAACGUGUUCCUCCUGGAUGGAAAGCAGAGCCACAGGAGCCACCUCCUCCUCCAGUCGCCUCGCAGUUGGCUGCAGCAGCAGCGGCAGCUCAGCAGCUUGUCAACAAGCGGGGACCUCCAGGAGAAAGGCACUUCCGGCAACAACAGCCACCACCCAUGAAGGCAUGCCUGUCCUGUCACCAGCAGAUUCACAGGAACGCCCCCAUUUGCCCACUGUGCAAAGCAAAGAGUCGCUCACGGCACCCAAAGAAGACCAAGAGAAAGCAUGAAGAUUAA